CCCCCAUCCAUCCGGCUCCUCGAGCGUGAGAACGAGCACGGCGCCGACGCGUCGCGACACGACCACGACCAGCUCCUGUCGCUCUUGCCCGCGUCGUGCCGCACAGAGUCCGGUGACUUGGCUGCUGCUGGUCGUCAAGUCACGCCCUGCGUCGAGAAGGAGCUCGACCUGCAGCGGCUGGCCAGCAUUCACAGCUGGCUCCGGGUCGCGGGGCGGCUUAUGCCGCCGCGUGCUCUGCACCACCAGCUCGUCCUCGGUCGGGAGAUCGUCAUCACGGAGCGUAUGGAUAUGCAUCUCGUCUGGACAACAGGCCGGAUGUUCCUCAAGCCCAUCCCGCGCUUCCUGCUUGAGCCUUACGACAAGGACAACGCCCAAGGAUGCACCCAGGAGCGCGGGCGAGACAUUCGGCAACAUGCGCUCGGCUUCCUGUUCUCCUACGCCGCGUUGAUAUCCCACCAGAGCGACUUCCGCAUCGCCAAGGAGAAUCGCUUGCUCCCGCCGGAAAUAUCGUGGCCUGGGUGGAGGAUCUUUGUUGAGCAGCUGGAUACGGAGCUCAUCUGCCCGCACAUCGACCCGCGAUUCCACCACGGCGAGUUGCGUCUGAACCGGCUAAGCAAGAUCUACUGUCUCCGGCAGAACCUGCUG